AAGCAGUUGUCCCAUUCUUGUGCGUUUGAAUUUCACUCGUGUCAGCGGUCUAAAUCGCAAUAACAGCUCCUGUCAGUGUAAAUAUCAGACUGUUUCUGGCAGAAGUGAAGCGUUAUCACAAUGUGUGCUGGAGAGAGAUUUGAAUAGUAACAGUGCGUUGACGCAGCGCUCAAGCUCUAGUUCCCCCGUGUUAAAAUGAGUCGUGCGCCGCUGAAAAGAGUCUACAAGGAGCUCCCAGUGUGGAUAGUGGAGGACCACCAUGAUGUGGUGAGUCACAUCUACAGGGCGAUUGCAUCCAGACACCUCCCACUAAAGAACAUUAAGAUGGUUCAUUUGGACUCCCAUCCUGACCUUCUUAUCCCUGUCAACAUGUCAGCUGACACAGUCUUUGAUAAGGAGAAACUCUUGAGUGAGUUGAGUAUAGAGAACUGGAUAAUGCCUAUGGUCUAUGCUGGUCAUGUGUCCUGUGUGGCGUGGCUGCAUCCAUAUUGGGCCCAGCAAAUCAGGGAAGGAGAACACAAGAUGACUGUCGGCAGAGACUCCUCCACCACCACCAUCAGGGUGACCAGUACAGACAACUACUUCCUCAGUGAUGGUCUGUAUGUCUGUGAGGAGCAGCUGGAGAAUUCAAAAACCCUCCAACUGAACGUGGUCAAAGUCAAUCCUGUCAACCCAAGUCACGUCUCACUUACCGAAAGGAAAACAGUCAUGAACACAGAGAGAUGCUUUGCCAAGAGACCACGGACAGAGGCGAGUGCAGCUGGGGAAGGCAGCAGCACACAGCCUCUCUCAGCAACCACUGACGCACUGCAACCAGCAGAGGGCAGCAGCAUCAAGGAAAAACAGGGAAGAAAUGGAACCGAUGCCAGAGAUGAUGAUGAGGGUGAUGAAGGAUCAACCAGUUACGUUGUUAACAGUGUAUUGUCAUUUCUAAGUGAGACGGACCCGUACAUCCUGGACAUUGAUUUGGAUUUCUUCUCAUGUAAAAAUCCCUUCAAGGAGUUAUACACACAGGAGGAAUACACCAUCCUUAAGGAGCUCUACAACUUCCGAGGACCCAGUCUGAACGCAGAUCAGGAGGAGCUUGACGACUGUGUAGAUCGUCGUAUACGUCAGUUAGAGGACCUGGAAGCUGCAUUUGCUGACCUGUUAGAGGAUGAUGGAGAAGAGACGGUCACACGCUGGGCCAGCAAUCCAGGCAUGGCUUCAUUAGCCCAACUGGUUUCCAGUUUGAAGGCCAGAAAUCCAUGUCCUGACUAUGAAAUGGUUCACCAGGCUGGGCUGACCUGUGACUCAGUGGAGCUGCCUCAUCACAUCAGCACCGAUGAGGAGAUUGACAGACUGAUCUCAGCAGUGCAGCUCUUCUUGAAGCAUCUGCCUACCCCCACACUGGUGACUAUGUCCAGGUCAAGUCUAGACGAAUACUGUCCACUGGAGCAGGUGGAUUCACUCCAGAGCAGAGUAGUGGCCAUACUGGAGGGUCUGUAUGGAUCACUGGAUUUACACAAAGACUAUGAGAACAGCAGCACAGAGACUCAAAACUGUCAACCACAAGCCUCGUAACCGACAGUUGCAUGAGAUGGAUUUUUUUUGUGAAUUUUAUGAAGUACUCAUCUGUCACAGGUUGGAACAUGUCUUGAGCUAGUCAUGAUGACUAUAUGAGAAGUUUUAAUGUUUGAAGUGGGCUAGAUGUUGAGUCCUGCUUUCAUUUGCCAACAAACAAAUGCACUACUUCCCAGCUGUUGUAGGAAGUUGUUUUAAACUGAACUUUUAUGCAUUGUUUGUGAGCCAUAUUCAAAAUUUGACAUUUUCAGAGUAGGGAAGUUCUGGGUUGGCACCAGCACUAAUAAUACACGGAUAUUUAGCGUGGACAUGCCCUCAGUGUAGAAUUAUCUUGAGUUACUGAGUUGUGGAAAUUAAUGUGUUAAGAGUUGUAGAAUUAUCUUGAGUUACUGAGUUGUGGAAAUUAAUGUGUUAAGAGUUUUAGAUUUUGUCAUCAUAAGAAAAAUAGUGUUAUACUUUGAAGAUAAAUUAUUCUGACAACAGCCCGAAGUUCUUCAGUUUUUCACUGCUGCUUCAUUUUCAUUAUUUCAGGACUAAUUUAUGCAAAUGUAUAAAAGCUAAAUUUAGACACCCAGAAGAGAUUUUGAUGUGUUAGGACACACUGAAUUAACUUCUCUCAAAACAACACCUACGUUAUUUUUUUUUUUAUUUAUUUAUUUUUUCUUUGCAGAGAUCUUGAACCUUUGAAGCAAAUAACAUGAGUUCAAACUUGGCUUUCACAAGCCUGUAAAAAGUCCAUGUGACCCCGUUAAAGUUUUAUAUACCAUCCAUGCAGCUUCAACGUUAAUUCAAAGUAGAGUGAAGCUAGCAACAGGGUAUGCAUCGUGUUCCACACAUCUAUCUUCCUAGCAACUCACCUUUCUUUCCCUUGAAGAAUCCUGAGAUGUUUCCAGGCUGGUUGAGAUAAAUAGUUCCAGGUCCUGUCCAUGGUCUUGUCUAGUGAACCUCAAAUGGGAGAUACAAAGAACAACUUUCCUCUUAUCACGCAAAGGAGCAGUGGCUCUACUCUGAGCUGAGCCCCGACACCUCAUGGAGAAACCUCAUUUUAGCUGCUUGUGUCCACCAUGUCAUUCAUUCUUCUGCUAAAAACUCCCUGUACAUCUGCUGGAUUUUAUCAUCACGUGUGAACAACACCCCAAAAUACUUGAUAACAUUUGCUUGGAGCAACAGUUUAACUCCAGCUUGAAGAGUGCAGUCCACCACUUUCAGAGAGGGUACUACAGCCUCCGAUUCUGAGGUACAUGAUUAGAUCCCUGCCUUCCCAGCUUACCCAGCAGCUGGUGGGCCCACAGUAAGGUUAAGGUAACAGAUUAUCAUUUGCAGGCACCCCUUCGGCUCAGGUACCACAGAUCCUACUUAGUUCAGGCAUCAAGGUCUGUGAAUCUCUCUUAGCCUACCCCCUCCUCCUUUUGCCCCUAACAACAUAGCUCCCAGCACCACAGGAACUUACUCCACCAUGUUAAGCAGGUGAUUCCUGAACUUUUGUACAUUUAUUUGCCCCUACCUGCUUGUGAUACCGGGUUACUGUAGUGAAUUCUCUUAUGUAGAAAAAACAAUGUUUUUAUGUGUAUGAAAUGAAUAUUAGCUUAUUGUCUCUGUGUCAUUAUUGGUGUCGACACAAAAGAUCAGCACAUAAAUACUGGAAACACUCAUGAGACCAUUUAGAAAGUCUGAUUUAUGUUUGUCUACCAGAGUAACGGUUUCUCUCUAAUGCUCUUGUAUCCUUGCUGUAUCUUUUACACUGGAUUUGAAUCAAUGUAAAACUGUGCCAAACCACUGUUCUUAAAUAAAUCUCAUUUAAGUCUA